AUGGGCUCGAUCAAGAGUCACUUUGCAGCCCGACAGCUUCAAAAGGACACAGCCAAGAACCCCGUUACCCCGGAAUUCUGGAGCCACAAAUUACAAAAGAGCCCGGAAGGGAAAGAAAUUGUGGUGCACUAUUGCAGGAGCUUGAAGAGUAGCGAGGAUAUCGCACAGCUUUUUGUAGAGGAUGAUAUCAUUGGGCUUGACCUGGAAUGGAAGGCCUCGGCUUCGGCAUGGGACCGCAUCCAAGACAACAUUUCGCUAAUCCAGAUUGCGAACCGACACCGCAUCGCGCUCUUUCACGUGGCACUGUUCAAGCCGGCAAGAGGUAUCGCCGAUCUUGUACCACCGACGCUGAAGCGUAUCAUCGAAGAUCCAGCCAUCACGAAAGCUGGUGUUUCCAUCAAAGCGGACUGCACCCGUCUCCGAAAGUAUCUCCAGAUAGAUGCGCACGGGAUCUUCGAGCUUAGCCAUCUUCACAAGCUGAUCAAGUACUGCCAAUCGAAUCCCAAACUGAUCAAUAAGCGCCUUGUCAAUCUGAGCGAGCAGGUGGAGGAGCAUUUCGGGCUACCCUUGCAAAAAGAAGAAACCGUGCGGUGCAGCGAAUGGACAGCGACCUUGAAUUAUCGCCAGGUUCAAUAUGCUGCGUCCGACCCAUAUGCAUGCGUCUGCUUAUAUGACAAGAUGGAUGCCAAACGACAAGCACUGGACCCAACGCCCCCUCUUCCUGCCCACGCCGAACUGAAUAUACCGAUCCGGGUUGUGUGCAAAGCGCCUGUCACUGCUGACUUGGAAGAAGUCGAAGUAGUGCAACCCGGGGAUGCUCCGGAAGACUCAAAGUGUACCGUCUAA